UCAAAAUGGCACGUCAGCAGCCCAAUAAUGAUGUUGACGAGCUUUUCGAUGUCAGAAACAACUUUUACAUCCAUAACUUUCAACAAUGCAUUAACGAGGCGCAAAGGAUUAAGGUGUCAUCCCCAGAGCUGGAGCUGGAAAAAGAUGUCUUUAUGUACAGAGCAUACAUAGCUCAACGAAAAUUUAGAAUAGUAUUGGACGAAAUCAACGAUUCUUCUCAAGAGGAACUGCAACCACUGAAGCUGUUGGCAGAGUACUUUGCUUAUCCACAACGCAGAAAAGAAAUAGUGGCUAAAAUUGAUGAACAGGCUGAGGUUCAACCUAAGACUUACAACUUCAUGAUAGUUGCAGCAACGAUUUAUUACCACGAAGACAAUUUAGAAUCAGCUCUCAGGGUUAUUUACAAAGCAGAUAAUUUAGAAUGCUCAGCUUUGAGCGUGCAGAUCUAUUUGAAAAUGGAUCGUGUUGAUUUAGCUGCAAAGGAGGUGAAAACGAUGCAGGAGAGAGACGACGACGCCACUUUGACUCAGCUUGCAUUGGCAUGGGUAAAUUUGGCUACUGGAAAUGAUAAGUACCAGGAGGCUUUUUACAUUUUUCAGGAAAUGAUUGAUAAGUAUUCUAGCACAACAAUGUUACUCAAUGGCAAGGCCACCAGCUUGCUCCUUCAGCAGAAGUAUGAUGAUGCUGAGUCUGUGCUUCAAGAGUCAUUAGAAAAAGACAGUAAUAAUCCAGAUACAUUGAUCAAUAUGAUCGUUCUGUCACAGCACAUGGGAAAAUCUCAGGAAGCUAAUAGAUACUUGACUCAAUUAAAAGACGCUCAUACCGAGCAUCCUUUUGUUAAAGAUUAUCUUCAAAAAGAGAUUGAGUUUGACCAGCUAGCGGCCAAGUAUGCGGAAAUGAUAACUUCUUAAACAGUAUAUUUGAAAAACCAAUCUGUUGAGAAAUCAUGAACUCUGGCUGAGGUCUUGUUUCAUGUUUGAUGAAACACGUAGCAUUGAAAGUUUUAAAAUCGUAUACUUAACAGUGAUGGAUUGUUAUUUCAAUUAUGAAAAAAACGACUGAUAGGCAAUAGCAGUAGUUUUUUUUCCUCGAUGCAAUUUCUCGUGAAAAUAUUAUAAAGUAGAAAAAAGCUGGCAGAGAGUUAUACUAUUUAAGGAGUCACGUUUUUUGAUGGUAUUUUUCUAUUUUAUGAUGAUUUUUGUAGAAACUGCAUUUCACUGGGAAACGACUGCUUUUUAAACAGCAUUCAAUAAUAAAACUCAUCAAUUGCUGCCAUUUUGUAAUUUUUAGCAAAACAGUGUAAGAAUUGAUUAUUGCAUAAAAUAUAAACUUAAAAAGAAUACAUAAACUAACAUUUACAU